AUGGAAACAGCAAUGAUUGCGCCACUCGCAUACUCACUGGAGGACUCGUGUCCAGUGCCAUGGGCUGCAACGGCUGAAGCGCAGCUUCACCGAGAUUAUCCAUUCUUGAACCAGGAUGCCACGGACCAGAAUUUUGUAAUACGGAGAUAUCUCGAGACUCUUUGGCUUCCUGAGUCACUUAACCCUCUCGCGUACCUUAUCUCGUCCCUUCGACGGGUCGCAUCAAACUACGACAAAAAUGCGUCUUUACCUCAUCCUCUACAUUCUCUUCUCGAUCCAGUAUUGCUAUCCAGUCGAACAGCUUCCGAUAAGUACAGGAUAGAGCUAGUGCAGAUACUUGUAGAAGGUGGUGGUGCCGGCGAGCAAGAAGAGAUGAUGAUGUGGUAUGCUUGGGAGCACGAGAAAUCAGAACAUGAAGAGGAAGGCAAGGUCGAUGAAGAUAAGUGGAGGAAAUCGUGGUUGGAACGACUCGAGAGACGCGAGGCAAUGAUUCAGAUUCUACUCAUCAUGCUCAAGCUAAGUCUCCCUGGCGCAAGACCAGACCAAGCGAGGGAGUCGCCAAAGAAGAAAAGAAAGAAGAACAAAGAAGCCGCACCGCCAGAGUCAACCGAACAGCUUCUCGAAAGCUACAUGGACAAACUUGCGGUGUGGUGCCUGACUGCAUCUCUUGAUAGCGCCCACCCAACUUCUCAGGCCUCGGGCUCGAACCAAGGGCAACGGAAGGUGGAACGACAUUGGACGCAGAAAUUUUUCGAAGACAUUGUCGAACCAUUGUUCAAGACAUCGCUUCAUGAACAAUGCGAAUUGUUCCGUUCCAAACUGUAUCCUGAACCCGCCUUGUCAGAUGCAGAUGAUUCCGAUAUCGAGACACUCGUGGAUGGUAGGAAUUCUCGAGUGGGAUCUCGAGCGCCAUCUGUGUCUCGGGCUCUGUCCUCCCGAGCAACUUCCGUAGCGGCUUCUUCUAAAUCAUCGAUGCAGCGGAGCAGAAGUCGUUCGCUAAGCGUCUCGCUCGCACAGGAUGAAGCCACUCAACGCGCAAACCUGGUCGGACCAAAACGUGGUCUUAGUCGAGAGGUCAGUAUGAGUCGCAUCUUCAAGGAGAGGACGAAAGUGCAGGCACAGUCGAAGAUCAAGGUUCCGAUGGCAGAUGAAUCAAAGCAAACGAAAGCUAAGCUAAAACGCGAUAUUGGAGUGACGCUCAUUAAAGAGACGCCUGUAAAGAGAAGCCGCUUAGACACCUCGAAUCCGGACGAACACGAACAGUUACGUUUCGUUAUGGCAGCUAAAUCUGUCCCGAGCCCUCCGCCCACCAGUUCGAGUGAUCCUGCAGAUGUCUACAUCGAAGAUACACCAGUCGCUAGUCGUAGGUGUGAUGAUAAGUUGGAAAAAGGAAGUUCCCUGUCGCCAUUAUCACCGAUGUUGAUUGACCGACUAGAUGCGAGGCAAGUUGUGCACGAUCCUGCAGCACAAAGCCUCCGUGACGUGAAGGAUAUUGGUCCAUUUACGACUCGCUCUCGAACUCAGGAAAAUGUUCCGUCACAUCAGGAAGCCCUUGACGAGAAUGCCGACGAGAGCUAUAUGGACUCUUUUAGUUCCUCGAACGUGAUGUCAUUUGGGAAAAUGGAGGAUGAGAGCAACAAGGGGCUGUCCUCUCAAUCGGUAGGGGUACGGAAGGCCGGUGGGCUCCUAGGAGGGCCGCGUCAGAUGACCCUUCUCAUGGACGAUGGUAGGGAUAUCGAGAUGGAUACGCCGACGAAGAGAAAAAUUCGGAAGAGAUGAUGUUAUACGAGUUGGCAUAUUGUUUUAUAUAUCUCUUCUCCGCUCAACACAU